CUCUGUUGCAGGAUAGGAACUAGCCCACGGAUGACAACCCUUGAACGAUCACACACACACACCCCUCUCCUAUAAUUCAUGUCGCUUUGUCUCCAUCAAAUCACCGCAGCGAUCCCUCGUUCGACGACCAGAUCCCUCACCCCUCUUCGCUUCUCCUCUCGACAUACAAAUUCCGUAGAAAUGAGUCUUACUUAUACCUCUGAGCGCGCACAGGAGCUGGCCGACAAUCUGGCGAAUGUCCAGUCGCAGAUGGAGGAAACUCUGAAGAGCAUGGGCGAUGCUGCUCCCAAGGCGCGUUUGGUGGCGGUCAGCAAGUACAAGCCCGCAUCGGAUAUCUUUGCCACGUAUGAGAAGACCGGACAACGCCAUUUCGGAGAAAACUAUGUUCAAGAACUGGAAGAUAAAAGCUCGAAGCUGCCAGGUGACAUCCAAUGGCAUUUUAUCGGGACACUGCAGUCGAACAAGUGCAAGGCCGUAGCUGCGAUCCCUAAUCUUUUUGUAGUAGAGACGAUCGAUAACAUCAAGAAGGCUUCAAUGUUGGAUAAAGCCUGUGCCUCUGCUUCUAGACCGGAGCCCCUUCGGAUCUUUUUGCAAGUGAACACUAGUGGUGAAGAAUCCAAGAGUGGAAUGGAACCGAGCAAAGUUUUAGAAGUCGCACAGCACGUUGUCUCAUCGUGUCUUCAUCUUAAACUUGCGGGGCUGAUGACGAUCGGCUCGCCAAAUCCUGAUCUGGAUAACGGGGAGAAUCCGGAUUUCAAGACUUUGAAUCAAUGCAAAACAGCAAUUGAGGAGACACUGAAGAUCGCCGAUCUGGAUCUCAGUAUGGGAAUGAGCGAUGACUUUCGGCGCGCUUUGCUUCAAGGAUCGACUAAUAUCCGAGUGGGCAGCACGAUCUUUGGAUCGAGACCUCAGUCCGCAAAGCCGACUGCAUAGUUUCUCUGCAUCAGCGUCCUCGGAAUCUAAUAAUAAAAAGAUAAAUCUAGUCUAUUUUAUUUUUUA